UGCCUCCGUUAUAUUUUGUGUGCUGAAACAUUUUGCAGUCUGCUAUGCCUGAAGAUGCCUUGAUUGGUGCAUGGAGAAAGUCAGCUCAUAGGUUAUGGGCCAAAAGACUUCGGCGAAGCUCAACCGUGUCUGAAAUGACGCAGGUAAUUGGUGACUUUGUUGGGGCAAUCAAUGAAGAUUGGCUAUGGCACUCUAGUGAUCAAGGGCAUUCUAAUGCUUUAUUGGGAGAAACUAUAAGUUGCUACCCUUCGAUGCCGCAAACAACUUCUGCGAUGGCUCUAUGGUUGGUAAAACUGGAUACCUUGAUUGCUCCCUAUGUGGAAAAAGCUCAACCAGAAAGGAAUCAACUGUCGUGCAGAACCAGAAAUACAAGUAGGCGAGCCUCUAGGAGGGAGUUGUAGCUCUGAUCUGGACAUCAUGUAAGGCGCGAUAGAAUAGAGGAAGAAGAUUGUACAGAGAAGUAGCGUUUUGUUCCCUGCAUUAUCCAAUAACAUUGGAAAAUUCUACAAUCCAAGUGACUUGAGAUAAAAAUAUGUAUAGACAAUUUAGAUAAUAGAUAGUAGCAGGGUCCACAUUCAGUUUUGAGUUUGAUUGCCAAAAUCUUCUUUUGUUUUUUUUUGUAUGGGGUAAAAAGAAAGAUUAUUUAAUGUUAUGUUCGAAGAUUUCGAAAUGAUCUUUCAGUUCCAUCCUUCAAAAUACAAAAUACAAAUUACAUAUUAUAUUAUAUUGUAUCCCUUAAGUAGUGUUCUUUUGCAUAAAUCGUCCCACAAAAGUAGCGAAAUUGCUAAUUUCGCUAAUGAUAUAAUGGAAGUGUUGAUUUAGUCCACAUUCUUAUUGAAUGGCUUGUCUUCUUCGCGUGGCUCGAAACCCUACAUUUGAAAGAUCAACGGUCGCUUCAAAGAGACAAAAUCCAAAGACAAUUCCAAGUUUUCAUUGCAAAGCUUCGAGCUUGAGGACCAAAACGAUGUCUCAAUCUUCUGCUCCUGGCGAGAAACUCAAGAGAAAGCGCCGAGAGAAAAAAGCAGAAGAAGAAGAAGAAGCGAUUGGAGGAGAUAUAGAGGAUCUCUUUAGCGACAAAGAAACUCAAAAAAUCAGAAUGUCUUUACUUGACUGGUACGAUGCGAAUAAGAGAGAUCUUCCAUGGAGGAAGAGAAAGGAUGAAAGUGAAAAGGAGAGAAGAGCUUAUGAGGUUUGGGUAUCGGAGAUUAUGCUGCAGCAAACUAGGGUUCAGACUGUUUUGGAGUAUUACAAACGUUGGAUGCAUAAAUGGCCAACCAUUUAUGACCUUGCUCAAGCUUCCCUUGAGGAGGUAAACGAAAUGUGGGCAGGUUUGGGGUACUAUCGGCGGGGGCGUUUUCUUUUAGAGGGAGCGAAGAUGGUUGUUGCAGGGAAGGAUGGUUUUCCUAAUCAAGUGUCUAGCUUGAUGAAAGUUAAAGGAAUAGGAGAGUACACAGCCGGAGCAAUUGCCUCUAUUGCUUUCAAUGAGGCGGUACCUGUUGUUGAUGGAAACUUGAUAAGAGUACUUGCCAGACUAAAGGCCAUCUCAGCUAAUCCAAAAGACCGGCUUACAGCUAGGAAUUUCUGGAAACUAGCUGCCCAGCUAGUGGAUCCUUCACGUCCUGGAGAUUUCAACCAAUCUCUGAUGGAGCUUGGUGCUACUCUAUGUACUGUUUCAAAGCCAAGUUGCUCUUCUUGUCCUGUUUCCAGCCAAUGCCGUGCAUAUUCACUUUCCCUGGAGAACAGAACCAUUUCCGUGACAAAUUAUCCUACAAAAGUGGUCAAGGCCAAGCCAAGGUGCGACUUUUGUUCCGUAUGUGUUUUGGAAAUACUGAACCUGGAGAGAAACCAAUCAGGAGGUAGAUUUGUUCUUGUAAAGAGACCUGAAGAGGGUCUGCUUGCUGGUCUUUGGGAGUUCCCAUCUGUUAUAUUGGAUAAGGAAGCUGGUUUGGCAACAAGGAGGAACGCGAUCAACCUCUACCUUAAGGACGCAUUUCAAGUAGAACCCAAGAAAACAUGCACUAUAGUUUCGAGAAAAGAACUUGGAGAAUUCGUCCACAUUUUCACACACAUACGUCGAAAAGUGUAUGUGGAGCUAUUAGUUGUACAACUGACAGGUGGAACAGAUGAUCUGUUCAAAGAUCAGGCAAAUCACACUCUGACAUGGAAGUGUGUGGGCAGUGAUGCUCUUUCUACCAUGGGACUGACAUCGGCUGUUAGAAAGGUGUAUUCAAUGGUUGAAGCUCACAAGCAAGGUUCAUCUGUUGCUCCUGACUCAUCAAAUAGAGCAGCCAUAUCGAGGAAACGAAGAAUCUCAUGAUCUUCUUCUUACACUUUUCUAUUUGUUGCUUAGCUUCUAUAUUUAUUGUUGUAGCAUUCGGAUACUAAGGUAUUGCUUAGUUUUAACCAAAAACACAUGUGGUCUUGGUUUAAAAUUGAACAAUUGGUUCUUUAUGCUUAGUAAAGUGACUUGAUGAUCUCUCCAGGGGUUGAUUAUGUAAAUGGUGUGUCUCUCCCUCCGCCUUCAUAUAUAUCUCUACAGUGACGGACUUGUCUAUAAGACUCAUAGGAUUUGUAUUGUUAAGGUCCACUUCAGCCCAUAAACGACUCCGGCCGUUGGAUUCAUAUGGUCGCGUGGAGAAGAAGCUUCAUCAGCCGCUGCCAUCCGCCGAAAUCUCAAUUUGAUGUUCAAACCAACUUUUACAGUUCACACACUUAAAAAGUUUCUUUCAUAGACUCUGGAGAAGAAUUCCUCGGAUGCAAAACAACAGGUAGCCUCAUCUGAACAUAAUUUGGGGGAAAAAUCUGGAAACAACAAAAAGCAGUCAAGAGGACCGCAUGGUGCUGGUCAUGUAAUAAAAGUACUUGAACGAAAACUCUUUAAGGAUCGGACCAAGAAAAUGACA